AUUAUUAUUAUUAUUAAUAAUAUAAUUAAUAUAAUAUUAAUAUUGUUAUAUAAUAACAACACUGUACUGUGCUGUUGUUUACAAAUCAUACUAAUUUACGAUUAUUACAUAAAAUUAUAAAAGUUAUAAAUUAUAAGAUAAAAAGUAAUGACAAUAAAAUACCUUUGUUAAUGGUCACACUACAAAAACUUGGUACUUCUCCCAAUACAGACCAUGAAAAAAAAAAUAAAUAGCGGUACUACAAAUACUAUUACCCAUCCUCCUCCUACUGCUGCUACUGCAUUUUUACCGUUUUUACUGGUAUAAGCAGAAAUAGAUUUAACCGUGCCAAUAACUGCAAUGCUAACUGCAAAGUGAUGCGCGUACAGUCCGAUAACCGUUCCAAUCUGAAAGUAUCUGGUUUUGAUUAUUAACCUGUACAUUAUAAUCGGAUUCAAUCUGCUACUGCAGAAGCAGUGGUACUAUGUGUCGGUGUGAUACUGAGCCUCUGUUUACUCCGCUCGUCUUUGGUGUCGCUUGACAGUGUAACAUUACAGUCGUAAAUGCAGCAGACUCCUAUGGACCAGGACCAGGACGACUACCAGUUCACCUCUGGAACAUCCAUCAUUUUGUUUCACCCUCCGUUUGUCUGCUGGUCUCUUCACUUGGUUUCCACAACUGAGGCGGUGCUUGGCAUUAGUGAAGUCACUGGUAAACAUGGCCGACAGUUUAAGAAGACUUGCCACCACAUCUUCCUUCACUAUGCUGCAGGAGAAGCUGGAGAGCUGGCACCAAGAUUAUCAUGUCAUUUCCUGUGACCAGAGUCUUAAUAGAUGCUGUGAGCUGAUUGAAUUAACUGCAAAAAUCCAGGGCCAACUGUUUGCUAUUCUCAACCUCACUUCUGCAGAAGGUGGACAGUAUGCUGGAGUGGACAUCCUGAAAACACGUCUGCUGCCUUGGCUUGGAACAAGUUUCUCAAUGACAAGACCUUCAGUCACUGAUGAUACCAGUCUGCAGCUCAUCCAGGACUCUGUGGAGAAGGACAGGAAGAUCAGGGAGCUCUCUUUCUCUCAUGGCAGUGAAAUGCAUAAGAUGGAAACUCAGCUAAGCUCCACUCGCUUGCAGUUGGACUCCAUAAGAGCAGAUCUAGUUGAUGCUCAGAAAGAACUGGAUGAGACAAAGAGCAGAUCAGCAACCACUCUGCUGGCUACUGAAGAUGAAAUAUUGCAACUCAAAGCAGAUUUGCGAGCUGCACAUGAACAGUUGGAGGCUUACAAGCGUAAACUGAACGCUGUUGAUGACUACGAGCAUCAGGUGCGCUUACUGAGAGAGGAAGUGUCAUACCUGAGCACAGAGAAGGCCAUGUUAAAGGAGAGACUGGCGAGAAGUCGUUCUCCCAGCCCUCUGCCCAGACUCAGCCGCCCCCCCAGCCCCUUGAGAACUGAAUCACCCACCAGGGCCCAGCUCACCAACUCCUCCCGGCAUGCCCGCCUUGUGUCCCGCUUCAAUGACCUGUACGCUGUGGAGCGUGUGGAGGCCCAGAGCUUGCUCCGACGCUACAUUGCUGAUUUUGAAAUGGUCCAGAAAAUUAUCUUAAUUGCUGUUGUGGAAUCCUUCAAGACAGCUAAACUAGCCUAUCGUCAGUUUAAACUUCGUGUGAGAAAGACCUUGUCCUCCACUCACUUUGGACCAGAAAGCUUAGAGGAUGCAGCUGUGGACUACAUUGUGAGAAAUUUGGACCUCUAUGAUGUACAGGACAGUGUCAAUGGUGUGAUCAAUGCUAUGAAUGUAAACCCACGGAUCUCCUUUCCCCCAGAGGUGGACUUUGCUCUCAUCAGUGCCUUGAUCAGGGAGAUGUGCAGGGUGGCCUUUGCCAUGCAGACUCUGGAGCCCUCACUUGACUUGGCAUUUGCUACUGAUGGUGAACUUUACAAUGACAACAAGUAUCGCCGUAGCUAUGACUCAGAGUUCACUGCUCCUCUGGUAUUGUACCAUGUGUGGCCAGCACUGAUGGAAGGAAACACUGUGAUUGUGAAGGGCGAGGCUGUUACCAGAAGGGGAGCACUGUGGAGCAGAAGCCGGAGCCGAAGCAGAAGUGUCAGCCCUGUUCGCUCCCGCUCCCUCAGCCCGACCCGUAAACUUCAAUUUAACAGCAAAAGAAGCUUGUCCCCUGAGCGUCUCAAAGCGAGCCACCUGUGACCUCAAUCCUCUCCACUCUUUAAGGCAGAGAAAACAACAGCCAUCGGUUUGAGGUCCACACAGUAAAACACAGUCGGUGAGGUUUUAACCAUGUCUUUGUGGUCCCACGAUGCAAUGCUGAAGACACCGUAUCGCAGUGAAACUUAGAUGAACUGACACUAAUAUCAACGAGGGUCAGCCCAAUGAAAGGGGAGGUGUCAGAGACUGUUACACAUCUGUCUGAAUGGAACACAUUAGAUGUGUUUCUCUUUUUAUUAUUAGACUAGUAUUUGUAGAGAUCUUCUACUCGGUAUUUCUGACAAAGCUGGACAUGCAGUAGCACUACAGCAUCUGUAUGUUGUACUUUCCCUUUUUUUUAGUUAAAAUUUAACAGCUUUUGUCAAAAUUAAUAAUAAGUGCUAUUUAAUGCACAGUGUGGUGCUAAUGAUAUUAAGGAGCAGAACUAAUUUGAACAUUUCCUCUGUUUUAAUGAUAGUUUUAUUGGUGCUCUGGUUUUAUAUUUUGAAUAUUGUUAUGAGACAUCCCUCCUGAUUUAUUAAAUGAUUAACAUUAAACUUUUAGAUUGUAAAUGUU